GCGGGUGGGAGCGCCGGGCGCGGGCGGUGCCGUCCCGGGAGCGCGGGAGGGAAGGCUCGGCCCGGCCCGGCCCGGCCCGGCCCGGCUCGGCCGCCUCUGCGUGAGCGGUGACAGGCGCGCGGCAGCGGACCGUUAGGACCUGGAAAGCGCUGCUCCGCGGUGUAACGGUGGGGGAGGUCGGCCCGGGCCGACCAAGCCCUAGAACAGCUUGGUCUGUGGGGCGUUCGGAGUGCCGGGGAGCGGCACUGUGCGGUCUCUGUGAAGGGAAGGGCAGCGCUAGCACCGCCGGGAAACAAGCGCCGGACGUCGGCUGAGGAGAUGGGAGGAGGACGGCGCAUGAGCGGAGCUGCGAAGGGCCGCAGGAGCCGGUGUGCGGGAGGGCACCGCGGGACAGUAAGCGCACGUCGUCCUGUGCAGAUAGAACCCGCGCUGCUGCGGGCCGUUGUAGAAUAAUGACGAGUGAAGCUUAAAACCCAGCGCGGGGUCCGUGCCCGUGCUGUGGGAGGGAGCGGCCGUCCGGGAGAUGAGCGCAGAAUAUCCCGCGGUGGAAGCGCUGACGGAACGCGGCGCCUCAGCUGUCCCUCGUGUGUGUUGUGUUCCAGAGCCCUCGCUGUAAUACACUCUGCAGAGGGAGCAGGGACACUUGAGGGGACGUUCUGUCGGGUUGCAAUUCACCCAGCAGAGGAAAGUCCUUUCCCGGCAUUCCAGCAGAGUGAAAGCAAAUGGAGGGAGUGUCUGCAUAGCGCCGGAGACGCAGGACUGGACGGUGGAAGGGGAUCUAGAUGAGGUUUUGCCUUCUCACUGCAAGCAGUUUAUUCUACACGUGUCCGCAGCAAAUCAUCUGUAGGAUUACAUGGUGCUCAGUAAGAGAAGCAAUAACGUACCGAUUUGAAGACCUGCUUGCGUAAGGUUUAAAAGAAAAUGGAAGAAGAUAAGAUUUUACCUGGUGAACCCGAGAUGGCAGAAGUUAAAGCGCACGCUACCCAUGGAGUUGGUCGGCGGAUAUCAGUUAGCGAGUUCCUGUGCCACUGCUGUUACGACAUUCUGGUCAAUCCCACCACCCUGAACUGCGGGCACAGUUUCUGUAGACAUUGCUUAGCCUUGUGGUGGGUGUCCUCCAAGAAGAAUGAAUGUCCGGAAUGCAGAGAAAAAUGGGAAGGAUUCCCCAAAGUCAACAUUCUCCUCAGGGAUGUUAUUGAAAGGCUGUUUUCUGAUGCCAUUGAACAAAGAAAAGAAGAUAUUCAGCAAAACAGUGAUGUAGCACGCAGCUUAGCAACCUUCCAAAAAUUUGGGAAUGACCAGAUUUCUACAGCUCCAAACACAGGAAGAAUUAAUCCUCGAGGAAGAGGGUUUUUCUCAGGCGUUCUGACAGCUUUAACUUGCGUAGCAGUAGUAUUACUUGGGUAUCACUGGAGCAGCAGAGAAUUUGAAGAUGAUCUUCUUGUCCACAAGCCUGUUGCUAAAUGGACUGCUGAAGAGGUGACACUUUGGCUAGAGCAGCUGGGCCCGUGGGCUUCUCAUUAUAAAGAGAGAUUUUUGCUGGAGAAAGUGAAUGGAAGGCUCCUUCUAACGCUGACAGAGGAGGAUUUCACAAAAGAGCCUUACAGUAUAGAGAACAAUAAUCAUAGAAAAGCGAUUACAGCAGAAUUGGAAUGUGUCAAAACGUUAGGUGUUAAACCACCGCAGAACCUUUGGGAAUACAAGGCAGUAAAUCCAGGAAAAUCACUCUUUCUUUUGUAUGCACUCAAGAAUUCUCCGAGACUCAGUAUGUUAUACUUAUAUCUGUUUGAUUAUACCGAAGCUUUCCUACCUUUUAUCCACACCAUCUGUCCUAUGCAAGAAGACCAAUAUGAAGACAUGGUCACAAAAUUAUUAGACCUUAAAGAUCCCACUUGGAAACAGUGGAGAGAAUUCACUGUAAAGUAUAUAUUUUUGCCGUACCAAUUGAUAGCUGAAUUUGCUUGGGAUUGGCUGGAUGUGCACUACUGGACAUCAAGAUUUAUCAUUGUAAAUGCCAUGUUACUCUCUGUUCUGGAAUUAUUCUCCUUUUGGAAGCUCUGGUCAAGAAGAGAAUUGAAGACUAUUCCUCACAGAAUGUGGAAACAUUUCUGGAAAGUCUCAACCCAGGGUCUUUUUGUUGCCGUUUUUUGGCCUUUUAUUCCUCAAUUUGUCUGCAAUUGUUUGUUUUACUGGGCCUUGUACUUUAACCCAAUUAUAAACAUUGAUCUUGUAGUUAAAGAAGUAAGACGUCUGGAGACACAAGUGCAAUGACUGGCAUCAGAACGUUUGAGCUGGUUAGUUUCUAGAAAUGCAUAUUUGAAAGAAACUUUGGGGUUUUUUUUUCCUUUAUAAUGUGGCAGUGAAAGUAGAUUAUGUUAACUUAAACAUACAGAAAAGCCUUGAGGGAAGUUAUUCUUAAACAGCUGAUUCCAGAUCUGAGGAUGGGCUUUAUUACCCAAAAUGAUUUUAGUAGUUAAUAAAAAACAAAUAUAUUCCUGAUUUAGCCAUAUCAAACUUAGUCAUGCCAUCGUAUUUUUGCUCAAAUAGUACGUCUCUAUUCUAUCUUAAAAUCAGUGUCUUCUGAACAGCUACGGUGGUGUUUUCAACUUAGUAUUUCACACCAGCAAUGCAUUGCUCAGAACUUAAGUUUGGCAAAGGAAAGCUCAAAGGAUAGGCUUGAUAUUGGAAGUUCCUCAGUGAUUUCAGCCUGCUUUACGUGUGAAGUUCUGACUGAUAAACGCACAGUAAGGUUGUUCUAAAAUUCCCUGUGUAGAGGGCAAAGGCCACGCUUUGUUGUCCCCUGGAAAAUACGGCGAUUGCCAUUCACUUUGUUUUGUUUUGUUCAGAUCAGUUAGACUUCAUCAACAGCUUCUUUAAUGCUCUCUUAAAAUCUGUUGCUAAUCCUUAAAUUCGCAGUUAUCCAAAAUAAUCCUUUUAAGAGCUAAGUGACCUGACCCUGUAAUUGUGUCUUACUGCAAUAAAAGGUGUGUAUCUAGGUCUGUGAGUGAACAUUGACUGGAAAUAUUGACUAUUUUGUAUAAAUGGAUUGCAUCUUACUAAUGUAAGGUUUUUGGCCUUUCAUUACAUGCUGUGAGUUUGCUUGUUUGUUUUGCAUUGGUAUAAUGAACGUGAACUUUAAAUUAUCAGUUCCAAAAAAUAUAUGUUCAUCAGUAGUUGUUGUUACUGAGUUCUCCUUUUCUUAGAACACCUCCCAAAACUAUGAAGUGACCCUAGCUGAAGCCAUCUUUGUGUCCUUGUGAGUUACAAGCUCCUGAACUGUGCAAACUCACACUGUUGUGUGAGAACAAACGCUGAUGGGAAAGGUAGCCAACUCAACCCAUUCUGUGAUUCAAUCAAGUAUUAAGUCAGUUACUCCUUAAACUGAUAAAUACUAAAGAAGAAUUUGAGCUUGGUAAAGAAAAGAUUACGUCAGAUUACUGAACUUGGUUUUAGUCCAUGUAGUGUAGGAAGUAAAUAAGAGGAGAAGUGUUUACUUUGGCCAUCCUAAGGCAGAGGAGUGGCAGAAGGGAAGAACAAGAAAGAAAAAUCAUUUCCUGUCACUACUGUGACAAAAGCCAUCUCUCCAGAUUUUAGAUACGUACAGAGUUUUCAUAGGGGCUGAUGUUUUGUAUUUAAUAUCUACACAAAGGUUGAACCUCACCACACAUAAUAUCUGGCCACAAGAGGUACUUUGUAUGGUAGGGAGCCUUAGAAAAACAUUUGGCCGCUUCACGAUCACAUUCGCAUGCCAUCUUUUGACAUUUGUCUUCUAGUGAUUCUGAAAGAAAACAAAGUAGGUUUGAUUCUAGUUUGAAGUAGUAGUAAUAAAAAUACCAGAUGAAAGUACAAUUACUACCUCCUGUUCCAUGUUUGCCAUAUAGUGUUCAUAACCUUUUAUAGAACAAUGAUCAUGUUUUAUUUUGCUGUUGUAGCUGAAAUGCAAUAGGAACCGUACUAAGCUUUAGAAAUGUAGUUCUUUCAUAUAUUAGAAAUUCUUUCAUAUUUAGACUGAGCUCCAUGCCAGGACAACUCAGCAAUAGAGGAUAUAUAAGCAUGGUUUGCUUUAGCAAAAACAAUUUGCUGCCUUUCAAAAGGAACUCUGAUAACCAAUUCCUCUUUGGAAAGCAAUCAGUAACCCUUCUGCAUGCCCUUCUGGGGCAGAAAUUGUGAAGAAAUGUUCCAUUUCACAUAUGGUUUCAUCCGUUACAGGAUGUAGCAUUAAAAAUUAUGUAUGCGAAAGAAGGGAUGCAAAAAUAGAACGUUGUCAGCCUAAAUCCCACCUCCCCUUGCUUCCCACUGUUCCCUCUUUAUUAGGAAAUUCAGUAAGAAAUUAAAGUGUGUGUAUGAUAAAACUCAUCUCUGGCCAUAUUUGUUUUACAACUGUAGUGUUGCACAGAUUUCUUGGUGUGAAUAGUUUCUUCGAGCAUCAAUGUUUUUUUGCUGGCAUGAGCAGUUUCUUCUACAGCGGUGUAUUUUACUUUUAUUGUGCCAACCCAGACGCGUGCUUUCUUUUUUCUCUGCAACAGUCUGUGAACUGAAAAAUCCUUGGUCCUCUUUUGUCCUGAGUAUUUCCCACUUUGAAAGCUUACUUGAAUCUGUGCUUGAGAUUUGUCUAGGAGCAGAACAAGCGUUCAGUUCUGUGACAAAUGAACUCAUGUUCUACUGCGAAGCAGAGCUGUUUUUAACAUAUAUACGCUGAUGCUGUAACUAGCUACGGGAUGAUCUUCUCAAUAGCAUAAGUAGCAUAAAUAACAGCAUAAAUAAAACAUUGAGAUGAAUGAAGAGCCAUUUUUUGUUGUUGUUGUUAUUACUCAAAACUUAACUUACUUCAUUUUAACCUUGUUUUCUGACAACACUCUUAUUGUCUUGGCCGAUAUUUAAAAUGUUAUCAGCUUCUGGACUGAAAUAGGAGCAGAACCUUCACAGUCACAGACAGGUUUACUGUAACUUGACUGUUAAUCAGAUAGGUUAAGAGAGAAGAUGCAUAGUACUUCUGGAGCAGAGGAGGAAAUCAGCAAGUAGAGGGUCUGUGUGAUGCAGGCACUUGAGCAGCAUUUGUGGUUGCUCUCCAGUUAGAGACCUAGGGGCAGCGUGGGUUGCCUCAUGCAUAUCAGCUGUUUUUCGGCUGGAGUUAAAAGGUGGUCGUUGUUUCUGUUUUGUUGGUUUGGGCUGUGGGUUUGGUUUGGUUUUGUUUCUUAGUGUUACUGAAAGAGUAAUGAAAACUUGUAGAUUGGAAUUUUGGUUCUGUGUGUCAGCAAGUGGGAAUUUAGAAGAAGAAAUUGGAUUCAGCUGGCAUAGCUGUACUUUCUGGAAACGCAGCCUACCCUGGCAAAGAAGUCACAAAUGGAGGGAAGGCAAAAUAAGGAUUUUGCAGUUAAUUAAUGAAUGUCUUUCUGGGAAGUCCAUGAGACAAUUGGUACAAGUAAAACUAAACUCGUAAACUAGAACUGUCCACUCACCGCACACAGCAGCAUUGUCCUCGCAUUCCCAGUGGUAACUUUCUAUCUUGGGGUGACAACCUGCUUGCUCUGCCUUACCGUAGCAGCAAUCGUGGUUAAAGCAGCACCUGGGAAUAUCAGAAAUGGGCUUGCCUUAGUGCACGCUGUGCUAAUUUACAGUCACAUCAUCUGGAUGGUUUUGAUUGGCAUGUUUCCAUAGGUCAUAGGAAUAAAGUAAUAUAUGUGAGUGUGCAGACAGUUACCUACUCAGGAAUAAAAACAAGACAAUUGUUUAGUAAAUACAAUGAAAAUAGUUUUGCCCUUAUUAUGAUCAAAGAUGAGGAAGAGAAGUGUCUGGUACACGUUGCUCUAGUUGAACUUUCCCUGUAUUUUCAUCCAUAAGAAUCUAAAGUAUUUUCAGUUUUAAACAAAGUAACUACUUGAAAGGUUGAGCCCUUUCUCCAUCACCUUUCGAGGUGAUGAUCAAACAUCAGAACAGUUUGCCAGAUAAUAACUGCCUUAUUUUUCUUCCAAUUAUUGAUGUUACUGUAACAGUUCCUAACAGCGGACAAGAAAACCUGUUAGGCCAUGGCUUAUCAUCCGAGCUGUCUUGCUGCAAACCAACUGCUCUUUUUGACUUAGUGGAAGAACAGGAUAUAUCAGCGAGCUCCUUGUGUUCGGUCACUCUGUUUCCGCUUAAAAGCAUCACAUUACUGCAGGGAAGUGAUGUUGAGAUGGUGUUCAGCUUGCCUGAGGAACUUGUCUGCAACAGAGCUCGCAGCACUGACUUUUUCCCACUUGCAAUUACUGGUUUUUUUUUUCCUGUGCUUAUUAAAUAAUUACCAGUCUUCACCAAUCAUUACUUAAACAUCCUGCAGUGCUGAGCAGUUGAGCAGCACGAUGCCUGUGAAGUAGCUCAGUACGUCCAUUUUAGGUGUAGGAAUAAGUCCUCCGAAACAAACAAACAAAAAUCUGCACUCAGAGCCUUGGUGGCAGGACUAACAGAAAUGAACCAGGAACGGGGCUGCUUUUGCCACGGCUUCAUGCCAGUCUUUGUGUGUUUACAAAAAAUAGCAGUCUACAAGAAUAUGUCUUCAUUUUUUAGAAUAACUUUUAAGCACUUAAAAAAUAGAAUAUAUGUUUCUGGAUUUUUAGAUGUUGUCUUAUAAAAGCAAUUAAAAAAGCAAUUGUCUCCAUGUUUAUACGUGAUAGGCAUAAAUUUAAAUGGCAGUAACUAUUAUAUGAAUAAUUUAUGUUUCCAGAUCUAAUUCUGAAUGUGAGCAGUCCACAGUGUAGCUUAUAAGAAAUACUUGAUGAGAGUGUUUGGUGCUGUAUGUUAAUUAGUGCAGUUCCUGAUCAAAUGCAGAAGCAGAGUAAAUACGCUCACUUCUAGCUCGUUCUGAGUGUCAUGUAGCUGUUAAAAGCCAGCGCACAAAUAACGAGCCGUGCUCUGGGAAGAACCUUCUUGUUACCAUGGGACUUCUGUAACGUGAAAAUCAGACCUACAAGGCAAGACUGGCAAACUGCAGAUGCUCCAUCGGUAUCUUUAGGUCUGUAAGUCACCAAGAACUACCAGUCAACCCUUCUUUUCCUACAUGUUCCCAGCCAUUAGAGUUGCAACCUCAAAAACUGACUUUAAAAUAACAGUGUUUAUAUCCUAAGGCCUGAAAUACGUAGGCAAAGACUCUAGAAGUGUAAGGUCUGACCGCAACCAGUCUGUGCAAAAAGCUUCAGGUGCUGGCUUUCCAUAUGUUCUGCUCUAAUGGUAAAUACCAGGUGUUUUCCUUUUGAUUUGCAGUAUUGCCGGUCUGCUAAGUGGGAACUUAAGGUGUAGUGUGUGGUGAGGAAGUGCAUCAUUGUAAUGGUAAACUUGAAAAUGUAAACCUUUAUGUAACUGCUGUAACCAGAAAAUCAUCUUCCUGUCAGCUAAUGUUCAAUUAUAAAUUAAAUUGAUGAUAGUGCAAUGAGAUCUAGUGCUAAAUGUGAGGACUGUUUUUAAUGCUCAUUUUAGUAAGAACUUGUUUUUACUUUUACUCAAAUGAUAUUUUCAACAGGUUGAAUUUUGCCCAAUUUUGUGUCUUAUUUUGAAUACUAAUACAGUGGGGUGAAUAGAAUUGAAAUCAAAAGAUUUUUCCAAUGACUUUUGUUUUAAUAGAUAGAAUGUUUGAGGUUUUAAAACUUCUCCAAGUCUUUAGUUCUUCAGCUGUUGGCCAAGCAGCAGCAGCUAGGAAACUGUGUUGUACUGUGAAGCCAGUGUUAGCCCAGUAAGAGUUUCAAUUGAAGAUUUGCAUAGAUCUACAGAAAUGACAUUGUAACGCUUCACAGUUUCUUAGCACUCUGAAUUGUGUUCAAACUCAGUUCCCUCAGUGAUGUCAACUGGGCCUAACUGAUAUUUUAGUCUUCUUCCUUUGGCAUCUGCAAGCAUUCAGCCCUUUGCUACCCAGACAAGUAGUUACGCUUACCAGUCCACUCUGUCCUUGGGCCAUCCCUUUCCUCCCAGGCCGCAGUAGCAUCCGUAACGUAGGUAGGCAAAAGGAGACCGUCCUGUAGUGCAUCUGAUGGCUCCAGCUAAUUCAAGAAUUCCUCUUCGGUUCCUAAUGUGGGCUUCCCCCAAAGUGCCUCUGUAAACUGUGGAAGAAAAACUGUUUACUUCAUAUGGAAUCAAAUAUUCAGACACAGCCUCUUUAUUUUUUCUUCCAACCGCAAUAACGAAUAUCAGGACUUCAAAGUAAUGCUCCCUUUUCUUUUUGAAAUUCUGGGUCUGCAGUGGUUGACCAUCCUUGUCCUGAACCCUUCUCCUCAAAGUCUAUAGCGUGUACAACGCUGAAAAGCGUUUGGAAUAUGUGCAGAGGUUUCCUCCCAUCAAAGACAGCAUAUAAUGACAGACCUCAGCCAUGUCCCCUCCUAAAGCUGGGGCUAGCACAUGUUCUUCUGUGCUCUAGAUCCGCAAGAGUGCUAGGACUGGAUGCUCUAAAUGCAGUCUUGCCUAUGUCAUUAUUUUGCAGAAUAUACUGGGAGGGCAAUCUUAUUUUUGAUAGAAGUGAAGGCUGAGAAGAUUGCGCAACGAACGUGUGCUUUAGUGACAGUUCUCCUUUGGAGAUCAGGCAAGUGUGUGAGCGCUGGAAUUGUUUCCAGGGAAAUUGGAGGAGCCCUGUUUGCUUGUGUAAGGGAUUCUCUCCUUCGUUUCUGCAGAACAAGACUGUAUUUAAGGAUUUUUAUUCUGGCUGUCUCAGGAUUGCUACUAAAACAAAACCAAAAAGCUUUUUUGACUGUGUAGUUGCUUGCAAUUUCAUUUAAAGAGCAUUCCGUUGCCCCUAUCUUUUCAUUGCUAAGAUAGUGAAGAGUAUCUGUUGUGUCAUGGCCCCUGCUGCCGGAUAUUAUCUGCUCUUAAGGUAUAUAGGAUUUCUGGUAAAGCGACCCUCUCAAGCUUUCCCACGUGGUCCGUAAGUUGCACUGGGCAGACUGUUCUGGAAUCUCUAGUCCUGUUGUGGAUACCUGAUCACGUCUACUUCCUUUGCUGCUCUGAAAUAACAUACUUCAGCUCUGGGUGGUAGAAACAUGCAUUUGGGGCAUAACCAGACUUUCACACUCAGUGCAUUCCCAGCUGAAAAAAGCUUGCAGGGAGGCUGCAGCGCUACAAAUGGAACAGCUUGCACUCCUGAGCGUUUGGGAGAAGCUGGCUAGAGUUGUGUUGUGGCUGGAGGAACCAUGACAGUGGUUGAUGGCAAAGCUGGGUCUGCUUGAGUAAUAGUCGUAACUCUGAGGAAACCCCUGAAGAAAGUGAAGAAUUUACAGAGUGUGUACCAGUUCCUGGCCACUGGGGAAAGAAGAUGCAGGAGGGAUAGAAAAUGGGAAGAGGAAGGCGAGACUUUCUAAAUUCUAUUCCUGGUUGCAUCAGAGAAUUGUUGGCCAACUUUGGAGAAAUCCCAAUCCCUUAUUUAAAUCCAGGUAAGGUGGAAGCAGUGAACUGUCUUUUCCCUGGGGAGCUCAAGUGUAAUUCCUUGAAGCGUGCCAUGUAAGCUAAAGAAAAGGAAACAAACUUGCUAUUGCAGUUUCUUUAUAUUACAGCUCCUAGUCAUCCAGGCACAAACCAAGGCCGAGCAGUACCAGAUGCUCUGAAUAUGGCUGAAGGAAAAGUCUGUUCCAGGAGCAUUGUGACCUGAGUGUAACAGAAGCAAUGAAGGAGACUCCUAGAACCCACAGAACUACAGAAGCAGUAAGGGUAUCAGCAUGGACAGGAAUAUUCCUGUGGGUUUGAUUAUGCAUUCCUGAAAAAGUCAUGCUUCUAUUAGGCGGAUAUUGGAUUUGUCCACUGGUUUCAUAAGCCACCAGGAACUUUCUCACCUCAUCUCGUUGCCCAGACUGCUGCCAUACACACGGCUGCAGUUUAUAGAAAUAAGAAACUUCUUUGGACAGAUAAGUUUGCCUGAUACUGCGGCGCAAGCGUUGAGAAAGAGGUAAAUUGCCUUUCCCUCCCUCCUCCCUGCCUGCGGAACGGGUGAGUGCAAAGCCUGACUCAGAGCCGUCAGGCUGAAGGCAAGCUCUCUGUGUAAUGAUCACUGCAGGCUGCCACAAGCAGUGAAACAGUCUCUCAUUGCUUCCCUUGAUGUUCUCGCUGAGGUUUGGACUGAGCGAGGGAUGAAGGCUUGGAGGAGGAACAAAACGCAGAAGGAAUAAUAGGGGCCCGCUGAGGUCAGGAAGUAGAACUGGGGCAGCGAGCUCACGGGAGCUGCAGCCGGCCCCACUGUGCGAGCACCUUCCCCUUGGUCUUUAGCCCUUUGAUUGCUCUUCCUUCCUCCCCCGGCCCCUGCUCCUCUCUGUACCCAGAACCUGCUGCAGGAGUGAGUAGGGAUGUGUGAAGAAGUGCAGGAAGACAAAACAGAAUCUCUUAAGGCAGCUGAGUGCUAUUCUGGAAAAGUGGCUUUAAUCCUACAGCUGCUGCAGAGGGGCGGCAGGAGCUCAGUUCGGUGCCUGCACGCGCUGCCUGCGCUCCUGGGGCCGGGCACCGAGCGGGCACGGGGAGAGCAGGGCUUUGCCACGCUCCGGGUCGGGUCGUAGGGGUAAAGAGAAUGGGGCUCUUCCGUGUCACCGCGGCAACCUAAAAUUAGUGGAUGUUUUUAUGUGCGUUAACUGCUUAGAAAGGAGGGUAUAGCUUCAGAGAAGCGUGGAAGAAAUACGUACAGUCAGGUCCUGCACUGAUGAAUACCUCAGAAAAUCUAUGAGAAAAUUGACUGUAAGUUAUUACAAUUGCUGUCUAAUACGGUUGAAUAAACAGGACACCUAUUUAAUAAGCAGGAGCCAAAAAAUUAAAUAUUUGCCGAGUGAGUAGUCUGUGAGAGUAAGGCGGGAAGCAGGGGUCCUUUAAUUACGGACCCACCCGUACCUUAUUCACGGCGUCCGACUCACUCUGCGGGAGCAGCCCCGCUGCGCCGUGCUGCUGCGAGCGGUGCCCGCCAUGCUCUGCACGGCACGGCUCGGUGCGGCACGGCUCGGUGCGGCACGGCGCGCUUCUGUGCCUCGGCUGGGGAACAGGCGGCUGCCGUACGUGCAAGCUGCAGUCUGCUUCGAGAUACUGGGCUUGUAACAUUCGGACGUGACCGAUGAACUUUAAGAGUAAAGGGAGGACGAGCGUGAAGGGACUUCUAGCGCGGUAGCGCAGAGGCGGGCGAGCUGCUGCGCCGGGCGCUCGGACAGCGGCCGCUGCUCGGGAGGGAAGCUGCGCCCUCGCCGCGUCUCUCCUAGGGCCGCCCGCUCCGCCCCGACCCCAACCCCCGCCUCAGCUCCCGGGGAGCGGCACUCACCGGCGGCGAGCAGCAGCAGCAGCAGCAGCAGCGGGGCUGGGCGGCGGGGCCCCAUGGGCAGAGCGGCGGGCGGGCGGGGAUGCGGCUCCGGGCAGCGCUGCCGCGCUCUGGGAGCGGCGUGUAGGUGUGAGCCGGCUAUAAAGGGCUGCUCCUGCCCCGGCUCGGGUCCCCGCAGCCGGGGCCGAGGGCCGCGCUCUGUCCGUCCCGCCAGAAGGGAGGGGCUGCGGCUGCGGCUGCGGGCCGGGCCGGGCUCUCGGCGGGGCGCUCCGCCGGCGGCAACGCGCUGAAUCGCGGCGCUCCCGGUCAGUCCGCUCCGCGCCGGCAGAGCGGGGCGAGGAACUUGGAGCCCUCCCGGCCACGCAGCCUUAUCCUGGGGCGUCGUUUUGUCGCCGGGUGUUUUUUUCCAAUCGUGUAAUUUUUAGGUGUGUUUUCCCUUUUUCACUUUCCAGCUCUUCAAUUAUUUUGAAAAAUGCCGCAGCUGGAUGCUGCCUUCCCGCCGUGGUAUCAUUGCCCCUCUCAGUACACAGACAGUGCCACUUCUAUACAACUUCUCUUCAUUGUGGUGUUGCAGUUAUUUCAUCACGCCUUUGAUAACUGCAUGGAAACUGGUGCACUCCAUGCCCGUGCUCCCCGCAGGCCGAGCCCCGUCCACGCUGAGGCUUGGUUUCGGUGUUGGCUCUGUCCUGUGGCACCAGCACCCUCUGGGAUAGGAGCCCCACUGGGGAUAAAGGUAAAGGAAAAAAGGAAGACGGUGGUUUCUUUCUUUCAGUAGGAUUAACAAGAACUUGCUCUUGGUCAUCUUGCAGUUGGGAAGCAGCCUGAAGGGUUUUUUUGUUUGUUUUUGUAGUGAACAGUGUUUUCACCGAAGAAAUAGAAUAUUUUUGCAUAUGCAUACUGAAGAAUAAUUCUACUUUUGCCUUAAAAUGCUCUGAUUUCUGUCUUAGGUAUAAUUCCUCUUUCAUCAGAAGUGGAAAUCAUACGUGGUCUGAUUCCAGAAGACAAGAAGCACGCACAGACAGACCGGGCUUGUUUUUGUUACGCUGCCGUCAAUCCACGCUCUGGGAAGUGUUUGUAUUGGCACAGAAGUUGGCGUGGGGCAGGUGGGGAAGGGAUAUUGAUGUGCCUGUGUGCAACUGCAUGCAGAAUACCAGCACUUCUGUGGCAGCCCAGGCAAAGCUGUGCAUUGUGCUUGAAGAAGAUGCAGUUGUGGUGUGAACCCUACAGACCAGAAGCAAGCAUAGUUCCAGCUUGAGAGCUUGUAUUAUAUGGAGGGAUGACGGCUGGCGGCUCCGGAUGCUGUGCUGUGCUUUGCUGGGAGCUUGCUGCUCCUGCUGAUGGAUUCAGACGGGGCGGGCUGUGCGCUGCCGCCGCUUUCUGUCCAUCCCUUGUGUAUCACGAACGUCAUGGAGCACAGCUCCUGCUGUAUUUCCCAGGGAGGUGGGCUCGUGUGCCAAAGAACUGUGAUCUCGGAAAAUGUUACUGUUGUUGGUAAUCUGGAAAAGGUGUUGCUAAUGUUCAAGUCACAUGAGAAAAUCCAUCCAUUUGGGAUAGAAUUGAUUUACUUUUCAGAUUUAGUUGCUGCUGCCAUCAAAUGGGUCAAAGCAAUUUUCUUGUUACUCAUGGAGUCACACCGCUAAUUGCUGUUACACUAUUUUUAUAUUGACACUUGUACAUUAUUUGUUUACUGACUCUUCCGGUCAAUAAGUCACACCUAUUACACUGUUUUAAUAGCUUUCAACAGUAGUCUGUGAAGCUUCCAGUUGAACAGUGUCCAUCCAGCAUGCCAUUGGAUAUGACAAUGGGAACAGUAUCCAAGGGAGCAACGUGAAUUAUAUGGCGUGUUUGCCCUUCAGGACACAGGCUGCAAUGUGCUGCUGUUGGCUUAGUGCAGCUGACGAGGAUUUUUCAUCUCACAGGCUAAUUCUUCCCUAAGUAUCGUAUGCAUGUUAUCCAACUGUCGCAAACAUCCAACAAACAGUUAACGUGUAAGGGUGGUAGGAGGUGCAGAAAUUGUACAUCGUCAAUAAAUAAGAAGCUGCUGUAGUACUUUUUAAAGUAGCUGCUGAAUACUUCAUAUGUAAACAGUUUGAAUUGAAACGGAGCCAUCCUGUUGGUCAUCUGCGGCCCUGGGAAAUGUUCUGCUGGAACAGGAGAGAUGCUCAGCAUGCUAUUGGGGUUUCUGUAGCUCCUCUUUCUGUAGAGACCACAGAAGCUGAUUUUGUGAUGGUGCAGAAUCUUUGAGGCUAUUAGGUGAGAUCGUGUCUGUGAGCGCCUUUUCUACUCCUGUCAUUCUAUAUGCUACCCAGCAUGUCAUCUUUGAUUUAGAAAUACAUUGCUCUCUGAGGGAAGGAAAGUAAUCUUAAAACCAUUGCUAAAAAUCACGUGGGACUGACGUGCUCAGACUGCAGCUGCUUCUGUCAGAAAGCAGACGAAGAUGCAGUGUGACCCUAUGUAAAGAAAUGAAGUAAGGAAUGCAAGUCAGGAGUUCUGUUCAAUGUGAACUGUGAUAAAAGUUCAAAGGAGAACAUCUCAUGAAGCUGGGGCAAAAAAACUCAUAAAAGGAAAUACUUCUGUUCAAGGAAUUGGGUUGCCAUGUUGUAUAGCUAAGAAAAAGAUGCUACGAACAUUUGAAGUUUAUGUCUGAGACUUCACGUUCCCUUUAAAAUUUUAAAUAAUAUUUAAAUACUGCAAAUGUUAUAUUCACA